CGACAUACGCCAUCUCCAUGGUGCAACCUAGCUUGUGUUUGAGAGAAAUCAUAGACACUAUGCUUAGCAAUACCGAACAAAUCUAAGGGCAAGACAUCUGAAAAGAACGGUAGGAUACUGGGACAUUCCGGGAAUUCACAAGCCAAUAUUGACUUAGAAAUCUCUUUCCGUCUCUUUUUUACUUCCUUUUUUCGUCUUUUUUCUUUUUUCUUAAUGAGAAAAACCUCGCCCAAAUACAGAAUGCCUUCUCAAGCUGUUCUUCGUCUUCUAGGCCACGAUUCCUGGGAACAACUUGCUGAAUUCAAAGAGUCGGUGCCUUCCGCUGGCAAGCAUGAAGUAGCCAUCAAAGUGCGCAGUGUAGCAUUGAACUUCCGGGAUAUUGCUAUAUCCACUGGCAAGUACCCUUUUCCUGUAAAAAAUAAUGUUGUGCCUGGAUCUGAUGCUGCUGGUGAUAUUGUUGGUGUUGGGGAGGGGGUUCAAGGAUUCACGAAAGGAGACAAGGUGAUUGUGACUUUUGAUCUUGCUACCUUAUAUGGUCCGAUCAGAAACUGGAAUAAUGGACUUGGUGGCCCAAUUGACGGUGUUCUAAGAGAAUAUGUAGCAGUUCCAUCGACGGCAGUCGUCAAGCUUCCGGAUUCCCAUCUUAGCUAUAGCCAAUGGGCUAGUGUUGUUUGCACCGGGACCACUGUAUGGAACUCUUUCUACGGGAAUAUUCCUCUGAAGCCAGGAGAUACUGUUCUCUGCCUUGGUACUGGAGGGGUGUCUGUCACUGGUCUCGUUCUUGCAAAGGCUGCUGGUGCCACUACUAUUAUCACAUCUUCUUCGGAGGAGAAGCUACAGUAUAUUCAGCAAAAGUACGGAGCUGAUUAUACCAUCAACUACAAGACCACUCCAAAAUGGGCAGAAGAGGUACAGAAGAUCACCCACGGCAGCGGUGUAGACUACAUACUUGAAAACGGUGGCUCUGGGACUAUCAAGCAGUCCUUGGAAGCUGUUGCCUACGGUGGUAAUAUUGCAGUUAUAGGCUUUCUCUCACCUUCUCUCCAGCAUACCAUGCCGGAUGUAGCCGGUCUUGCAUUGGCAAAAGGAGUAAUUGUUCGUGGCAUCAUGGUUGGCUCUAAGCAGCUGCUUGAGGAUGCUGUUCGAUUCAUCGGAGCUCGUAACAUACCUGUCCCUGUUGAGAAGACUUUCAAGUUCGGCCGGGACCAAGUGGUUGAUGCAUACGCAUACCUUGCGAGCAGACAGCAUACAGGAAAAGUCUGUAUCGACUUUUGUUAGCAAGCCUUGAAGUUUUCCAUUUGCUUUUAAUGAGUAGGGUGAAACGAUACGCCUAUAAAUCCGUAACAUAAUAUUUACGAAUUUACAACUAAAGUCAGUCUCAGCCCCUAAGCGCGCCCCAUUCAGAUGUUCUACUGUGGCAUACAGGGCUAUAAAU